AUGAAAGUUAAAAAUGUAGCAUUGAAUAGAGGUGUUAAAAGCUCAAGUCUGCUUGAAGUAGCUUGUAAGUCAACUCAAAGUCGAAGAGCUAAGAUAAUAAAUAUAUAUUUAAACAGUUUAUCAUUAAGUAUAUUGGCGUUUACUGUUAAUGCACAUAAAGUCUCUUAUUUCAAUUAUUAUGCGAUUAUUGGAGUCGAAGUCGACUUAAAAAAAGCUCAACUUGAAAUUGACUCGAAAUCGAUUAAUCAGAAUCUGGUCUAUAAACAUAAGCGUAAUCCUGGUGAAGAUCAUAAAGAAUACGAUGAAAAGAAAUAUGAAGACCAUGAUGAUAAAGACGAUGAUGAUGAUAAAGAUAAAGAUGAGAAAGAAGAUAAAUCGGUAAAUAAACACGAAGAUCAUGAAGACAAGGAUCAUAAAUACCAUUAUCAUGAAAACAAAGAUCUCGAUGAUUGUGAUGAAGACGAGAAAAAAGACAAACGAGGAGAAAAAGAUGAUAAAGACGAUAAAGACAAAGAUGAUAAAGAUGAUAAAGACGAUAAAGACAAAGAUGACAAAGAUGAUAAAGACGAUAAAGACGAUAAAGACAAAGAUGAUAAAGAUGAUAAAGACGAUAAAGACAAAGAUGAUAAAGAUGAUAAAGACGAUAAAGACAAAGAUGAUAAAGACGAUAAAGAUGAUAAAGACGAUAAAGACAAAGAUGAUAAAGAUGAUAAGGACGACAAAGAUGAUAAAGACGAUAAAGACAAAGAUGAUAAAGGCAAAGAUUAUAAAGAUGAUAAAGGCAAAGAUUAUAAAGAUGAUAAAGGCAAAGAUGGUAAAAAAGACGAAGAUGACAAGAAAAAAAGUUAA